AUGGGCACCAUGGCAGUGAUCACACCUUUUCUUGUUUGGGGGCUGCUAAGUUGCUGUUUCCUCUGCAGCUGGGCUCUGGGGAGCCAACGGUCCUUCCGCUCUCUGCCUCCACUACCCUCCCAAGCCAAGGCAGUACCUGGGCCCACGUGGAAACCCCCACAGGGGGCCAAAGCAGCCCUGGCUUUUCUCUACUCUGGAGAUGUUCAACAGCUGUCAGGGACUAAUUGUAGUGAGAGUUAUGAAGUCCAUGGAACAGAAGGCAGUGUGGGGAUCCCCCCAGUCCUACAGAGAGCAGCGGGUACCCUGGCCCAGGCUGCCAAUUUUCUCAACAUGCUUCUACAAGCCAAUGACAUCCGGGAAUCAAGUGUGGAAGAGGACAUUGAGUGGUACCAGGCACUUGUCCGAAGUGUGGUAGAGGGGGACCCAAAAGCCUACAGGGCUUUACUGACCUUUAACCCUCCACCAGGGGCCAGCCACCUUCAGUUGGCCCUGCAGGCCACCCGGAUGGGGGAUGAGACCAUCCUCCGCGACCUCUCUGGGAUCAAGGUACAGGAAGAACAUCCAGAAGAGAACCUGGACAGCCCUGCCCUGCAGAAGCGAGUACUGACCAAUGACCUAAGGAGUCUUGAAAGCCCCAAGUGGCCACGGGGGGAUGGGUACGUGGGGGACAUACAGCAGGUGAAGCUAUCUCCUCCCUUCCUGGAAUGCCACGAGGGCCAGCUCCGUCCUGGCUGGCUAGUCACAGUCUCAGCCACAUUCUAUGGUCUCAAGCCAGAUCUCACCCCGGAAGUCAGGGGCCAGGUGCAGAUGGACAUCGACCUCCAAAGCGUGGACAUCAAUCAGUGUGCAAGCGGUCCAGGCUGGUACUCCAACACCCACCUGUGUGACCUCAACAGCACUCAGUGUGUCCCUCUGGAGAGUCAGGGUUUUGUCCUUGGCCGCUAUCUCUGUCGCUGCCGACCUGGAUUCUACGGGGCUAGCAGUUCUGGGGGGUUAGAAGAGAGUGCAGUUCAGACUGCUGGGCAAUUCGGGUCCCCUCAAGGCAGUUUAGGGAAGCUGCUGAGGUGCCAGCCGUGUCCUGAGGGCUGCACUAGCUGUCUGGAUGCCACGCCAUGCCUGGUGGAGGAGGCCUUGGCACUGAGGACAGCAGUGCUGGCCUGCCAGGCCUGCUGCAUGCUGGCCGUCUUCCUGAGUAUGCUGGUCGCCUACCGUUGCCGCAGGAGCAAGAGGAUCCGGGCAUCUGGAAUCUUCCUGCUGGAGACCAUCCUUUUUGGAUCCUUACUUCUUUACUUUCCUGUCUUCAUCCUCUACUUCAAGCCCAGCGUGUUCCGCUGCAUCGCUCUCCGCUGGGUCCGGCUGCUGGGUUUUGCCGUUGUCUAUGGGACCAUUAUACUGAAACUGUCUAGGGUACUCCAGCUGUUUCUGUCUCGAACAGCCCAGCGAGGCCCACACCCAAGCAGUGGGCAGCUGCUGCAGCGCCUGGGACAGCUCCUGUUGUUGGUAUUGGGUUUCUUGGUCCUGUGGACAGCUGGUGUCCUGGAGCCAGGCAUCCAGCACACGCCUCUGGUGACCCGAGGCCACACUCCCACCGGCCGCCAUUUCUACCUCUGUCACCACGACCACUGGGACUACAUCAUGGUUGUGGCGGAAAUGCUACUGCUGUGUGGGGGCAGUUUCCUCUGCUACGCCACCCGGGCUGUCCCCUCAGCCUUCCAUGAACCACGCUACAUGGGCAUCGCCCUGCACAACGAGCUGCUACUCUCUACUAUCUUCCACACGGUCAGGUUUGCGCUGGUUCCUUCCCUGCACCCAGACUGGACCCUUCUCCUCUUCUUCCUCCAUACCCAUAGUACAGUCACGGCCACGCUGGCUCUGCUCUUCAUCCCAAAGUUCUGGAAGCCAGGGGCGCCUCCCCGAGAGGAGAUCUUGGAUGAGGUGUAUGAAGAUGAGCUGGACCUGCAGCGCUCAGGCUCCUACCUCAACAGCAGCAUCGCCUCAGCCUGGAGUGAGCGAAGCCUGGACCCAGGGGAUAUUCGGGAUGAGCUGAAGAAGCUCUACGCCCAGCUGGAGGUCUGCAAGACCAAGGAGAUGACUGCUAACAACCCCCAUCUUCCCAAGAAGCAGAGAAGUUCACGCCAGGGACUGGGGCGCUCUUUCAUGAGGUACCUGGCUGAGUUCCCAGAGGCCCUGGCUAAGCAGCACUCCCGGGACUCCGGCUCUCCAGGCCACAGCAGCCUGCCAGGCUCUUCUCGACAGAGGCUUCUUAGCUCCAAUCUUCAAGAAACUGAGAAGCCACCAGCUCUGCGCAAGACCCGCAGCACGUAUGACCACCACAGGGAGCAUAACACACCCCUCCUUGACUCCACACUGAGGAGGACCCUGUCCAAGAAGUCCUCGAUGUCAGAGGGCCAAGCAGAGGGGCCCCCAGCCCUGGGCUUCAGGUCGGCCAGUGCCCACAACCUGACCGUAGGAGAAAGACUCCCCAGAGCCAGGCCCAUUUCCCUGCAGAAGUCACUUAGUGUUGCGGCUGGCUCCAGGGAAAGGGCUCUGCUUGUGGCCAGUCAGGCCUACCUGGAGGAAACCUAUCGACAGGCGAAAGAGAGAGAGGAGAGAAAGAAAGCUGAGGCAGUCGCAGUGAGCCCAGCGCCAAGCCCAGCGCUGAGCCCAGCACGCAGGCCAUCUGCCAGGAGGUUGGAGAGGCCUCUAAGGCCUCCUCUGUCAGCCCCACCAUCCCCUGCCAAGAGCAGCAGCCUCGACAGUUCUCAUACCCCGGGGAGGCCUCAGGAGGAGGCUGGGAGAAGGCUACCUCACCCACCCAUCCUGCACCAGGUCUCCACACCCAUCUUGGCUCUGUCUGGGGCCUGCCUGGGAGAGCCAAGAAUGUUGUCUCCCACUCCAACCUCCACGCUGGCUCCUGUUUUGUUGCCAAGCCUGGCCCCAACCUCUACCCCUGUCCUGGCACCACUCCCAUUGUCCCCCCAAAGCCCGCCCCUACUCACUUUCAUCUGCCCCUGGGAAAAUGCAGAACUGCCAGGCAAGAAAGAAAAUGUGGUCCAGGAAGGUCCCACGGGGUCAGAGCAAAGCAGCCACCUACCUGCCUCAGCUCGGACCAGGAUCUGGAGGGCCCUCUCUGUGGCAAUGGAGAAAAGGGAGGCUGGAGAGAGUGAGAGGACCACCGAGGAUGGACAUGUCCAGGGGGAAACCGAUGACAUGGAUGAGGACAAGCCCAAGGUCUUCUCAAAAUCCCACAGCCUUAAGACCCCCCUGCAGCAGGGCUCCGUGCGCAACCUGGGCCUGGCCAUCAAAGCUCUAACCCGUUCUAGGAGCACCUACAAAGAGAAGGAGGGUGGGGAGGACAACCCUGAGACUGAGAAGGGAAAAUCUACAGGGGUGAGCAUGGGGGCUCCACCCCGAUCUCCCAGGCUAGGCCGGCCCAAGGCAGUGAGCAAACAGGCUGCCCUCAGCCCCUGUGAAGAUGAGGAAUCCCUCCAGAACCAACAGAACACUCACACCAGCAAAAUGCUCCAUGGCUGUCACAGAGAAGGCAGCAGAGGACAGGACGAUAGGAACAAGAGGGCAUCACAGGGCCCAGGGGAGCAAAGAGUUGAGAGAACUGGUAAGCUAGGGCUUGCUACACUGAGGCAAGUUUUUGGGGGCAAAAAUACUGAACAAGCGAAGGAAUCCUCUGUGGGUGAACAAGAGGCACCAAUUACUGCCCUUCAGCCCCUAGGCAGUGCUGACCACAGGGUGGCAGAGGUAUGCCCCUGGGAAGUACCUCACUCAGGAAUGUCCCAGUCAGAGAGUAGCGACAAAGCCACAGUCUGUCCCUGGGAGGGGACUGAAGGAAACCUUGAGAAGAUGCCAUCAAUACAAGUUCUAAGUCGCUCCUGGGAAGAGAGGGAGAAAGCCGCAGAGGUAUCAGAGCCCAGGAGUGUGGGAGCCAUUACUGGGAGAAAGCCAGAGAGGCUGAUCCGGAGCCAGGAGGCAGUGUGUCCUUGGGAAAAUGCCGACCCUAGAGGUCUGUCUCCACAGUUGGCCCAUCGGGAUUCUGACAGAACCCAGGGCAACUCUGCAGUAGUGGGCAGUCCAGAGGGUCUUCUACCUGAGGCUGCCAAGGCUGAGCUGUGCCCCUGGGAACUGAGUGAUAUAGGGGAGGGGACAUUGCCCCAGAGAGUGAAGGAACUCCCUGAAGAAAGGCAGAAAUCCCCCAAGAAGGCAGCUCUCUGGAGAGAACAGAAUCUGGGCAGAGACCUGGUGUCUCUCUGUCCUUGGGAAAGUACGGAUUUUCGGGGUCCCUCAGCAGUCUCACUUCAAGCCCCAGGAGGCUCAGGGAGUUCGGGCAGUGGUACUGCAGAGGUCUGCUCAUGGGAGACCUCUAAUGGCAAGAAAGCUGAGGUCUGCCCCUGGGAACUGGGAGCAGGCGCAGACACACUGAAUCAGGGAGGGGAUGGGCAGACCGCCUCUAGAGAGGGGUACUUGGGAAAGAUGGGGGAGCAAACUGCGAGGGCAAAGGCUACAGUCCAUCCAGGGCAGGAGUCGGUGUGCCCCUGGGAGGACGCAGCCCCUGAGCAGUCCAGCCCACAUCCAGACAGCUCCUCCUCCAAGGCUGGUGGGCAGUUCCUAAGCAGUGGGGCCAGCCAGGCCUUGCAAGUGUGUCCCUGGGAAGAGCUCAAGUCAGAAGAGAAGCAGGCAAUGCCUUCAACAGCAGAAAUCUGUCCCUGGGAAACAGAUGGAAGAACCGGGGACAGGACAUCAGAACACACACCAAAAAGAGGAGAAUUUCAAAAAGACGGGGAAAAAAUACCUGAAAAAGCAAGAAUCCAAACGUGGGAAAAGACUGGGAGGCAGACCCAAAAGCAGGAAGCAAUCUGCCCCUGGGAGAGCACGGACCUUGGUGGCACCCCACAAAAAGACACAGAGAAACCCCAAGCCAUUCUCCAGAGGCAAGGCAGUAUGGGAGGCAAAGCUGCUGAGAUCUGCCCAUGGGACAUGGAGGAGAGCCUGACAGCUGAGAAGGCCAAGAUCUGUCUCUGGGAAGUGGGUGCUGGCGCCGGAGAGGAGAGGACUGUGGGAGCUGGAGCCUCUGGGGUCUCUCUGAAUGACACAGGCCAGACUUGUGCAGAUUCUGGACCCAGGCAGAUAGCGGCUACUACUCCAAAUAAGUCAGAGAGGCCGAGCCUGGAGAAGGAGGUGGUCUGUCCCUGGGACAGUGUGGGCCCAGGGGACUCCUGUCAGCAGCCAGAUACUCUGAGCACCGAGAAACCAAAAGAUGGGCUCCAGGACAGUGUGAUCGCCAGGUCAAUAGAGGUGUGCCCCUGGGAAGCAGAGGAAGUUCCUAUCAGUGAAAAAGCCAAGAUCUGUCCCUGGGAUGUGUAUGAGGGAACCAAGGUGAAAGGCCUAGAGCGAGAGACAGAGAGUGAGCCAGCAGAGGAAGGGCCAAAAGAUCUGGAAAAGGUGGCAGCCCAGGUCACCGAGGUCUCAGGCUUGCCCAGCAACAUCAGCUGUCAGAUCGCAGAAGGGCAGUCCUCGGAAGCAAGUGACAGGCUGACAGAUAUGCGAGUCCUGAGGGAAGAUCCAAAGAUGGGUUCUCUCCCAGAACACACAACCCAAGGAAAAGCUGCAGCUUUGAAAUCACAGUUCCCAGUGGACAGGGGAGGAACAAACAAGGAGUUAGCCAGCUCCCAGACACUGGUCAGUGCUGGCAGGAGGGUUGCUGAGAUGUGCCCAUGGGAUGCUCCUAUCCCAGAACAGAAUGAACCUGACAGUGACACCAAGGUUGAGCUCUGUCCCUGGAAGGUGACUGGGAGAAUUAUGGAGCCACAGACAUCAGGACUGGAUGAAAAGGAGAACCCUCAAGAGGAACAAGAAAGGGCCCCUGAAAAACCAGAACACAAAGGGGUGGCAGUUCAGGAAACAUCACAGAUCAGCGGCCUUGGGAAGCAGGAAGCUAUGUGUCCUGGGGAGAGUCAGGACUUUGGGGUGCAACCAGCCACAGGUGCUUCUGACGGAAGCAAAGGCUGUUCUGAGAAAGUGGGCUCUGUGGGGUCCAGGGUGGCAAAAGUGUGUCCUUGGGAAGUAGAAGAGGUUCCCUCUGCUAAGAAAGCAGAGAUCUGCCCUGGGGAAACAAGUUCAGGAACAGUGGUGGAGGGGGCACUGGACCAGGGGCAGGAUGGAGAAUCACGGGGAGCUGGAGGGGCUGAAGGACACUUUUUAGAAGCAGCAGAGACAGUCUACCCCUUGGAAGGUGCAGAGUCAGCAGAGCUCUUCCCUGAGGCAGACACCCUGGACACAGACCACUGUAAGGUGAGCCCCCAUGGAGCAAGCAGUCCAGGGAAAAGGCCAGCAGAACUAUGUCAAUGGGAAGUCACAGACCCAGAAGGAAAUAAAAUCAAGGGCACCAUGGCAGAUAUCUGUCCAUGGGAGGAAACCAGAGCCCCAGCUGAUGGAUCUGGCCUCCUGGCUUUACCGACAACCCAGACAGAUGUCCCUGCUGCUCCUGAGAAAUCACUCUGCCUCUCCAUACACAGACCUUUGGAGAGCUUUGUUCCAGGGAGCAAGAGCAUCCGCCCAGAAGUGAGCAAGCCACCCAGUGCUUUUCUUCUGGAAGGUGUCAGAGAACAAGGAACUUUGGGACUUGAGCCCGGAGCCAAGUCAGCUCCAGAGCCAAGUCUCGAAGAAGCAGAGGCUCCAAAGUCUUCUUCCUUAACUGAAGACCAAGGACAAAUGGCUUCUGAGACUCAAGAUGGAGAACUUAGCCCUCCACCUGCUUAUCCUUGGGACUGUGAAUGA